UGGUCAUCCCCUGUACUAUGUCCGCAGUCUCUGGUCAUCCCCUGCACUGUCCGCAGUCUCUUGUCAUCUCCUGUACUGUGUCCGCAGUCUCUGGUCAUCUCCUGUACUGUGUCCGCAGUCUCUGGUCAUCUCCUGUACGGUGUCUGUAGUCUCUGGUUAUCUCUUCUUCUAUGUCUGCAGUCUCUGGUCAUCUCCUGUAGUAUGUCCACAGUCUCUGCUCAUCUCCUGUACUAUGUCUGCAGUCUCUGGUCAUCUCCUGUACUGUGUCAGCAGUCUCUGGUCAUCUCCUGUACUGUGUCCAUAGUCUCUGGUCAUCUCCUGUACUAUGUCUGCAGUCUCUGGUCAUCUCCUGUACUAUGUCUGCAGUCUCUGGUCAUCUCCUGUACUAUGUCUGCAGUCUCUGGUCAUCUCUUGUACUAUGUCUGCAGUCUCUGGUCAUCUCCUGUGCUAUGUCUGCAGUCUCUGGUCAUCUCCUGUACUAUGUCUGCAGUCCAUUGGUUCAGAAUAUUUUUUAUCUUGUUUUCUGCCUCU